AUGAAGUUCCUCUCGAUCCUUGCCGCCCUUGCGGCGACUGCCCAGGCUCAUUAUGUUUUCGACAAGCUCAUCGUCAACGGCCAGACGACGAACCAGUGGCAAUACGUGCGCGCGACCGAUAACCGCCAAACGACUGGCCCCGUCACCGACGUUACGAGCCCGACAAUUCGAUGCUAUACCAGCGACACAAGCGUCGGGUCUCGAACUGGCACCGUCAACGUAGCGGCGGGCUCAACUGUCGGCUUCACUUCAUCCCCGGCCAUCUUCCAUCCGGGGCCGCUGAGCUUUUAUAUGGCCAAAGCGCCGACUGGCACCUCCGCUUCGAACUUCCAGGGUGACGGGAAAGUCUGGUUCAAGAUUGCCGAGACGGGCCCGACGAUUACAUCGUCAUCUCUCCAGUGGCCAAGUGAUGGAAAGAGUACCCUGAGCGUCACCAUCCCCAGGUGUAUUCCGGACGGCGACUACCUCCUCAGAAUCGAACACAUCGCCUUGCACUCCGCCUCUGCCGUGGGCGGUGCGCAGUUCUAUCUGUCCUGCGCCCAAAUUCGAGUCACAGGUGGUGGGAACACGCUUCCGGGAUCGUCUUCGAUGACUUCGUUCCCUGGCGCGUAUACUGCGACUGAUCCAGGUGUUAUGCUUAACAUUUACUGGCCUGUGCCACAAUCAUAUCGGGUACCAGGACCAUCUCCCUGGACGUGUUAG